CGCUCAGCUACGUCAUCACCGCGCGCCGCCACGGGCGUGUCAGAGGCAGGACCGCGUGUACCGUGUUGACUGUCAAAGUCUCUAGGAGCCCAGUUUCCGGAAGCGGUGAGUUCUGAGAGAAAUUCCUGCGAUCCAGUGCCCCGAAUCCGCGAAUGCCCAAGCAUGAGCGCCCCAGGCGUGCUGUCCUUUACCCAGCAAGGCUGGGAGCAGGUGCUGGCCAAGGCGAAACGGUCUGUGGUCUACCUGGACGCCGCCUGCGCCGAGAGCCUGCACUGGGGCUGCGAAUCCCCGCGGCUCCUGCGGGCGGUGGGGGUUCCUGCGUGUCACCUGCGCGAGUUCGAGCCCGAUGCGCUUGGCGGGGGGGCUGAGCAGCCCAAGGCAGUGUUUGUGCUGAGCGGCCUGCUGAAAGGCCGCAUCGUGGAGACUCUACGGGACAUCAUCCGCCGCAGUCACUUCCAGUAUUGUGUGGUGGUCACGGCUGUGAGCCACGCUGUCCACCUUACCGCUAACCAUGUGCCCGCGGCGGCAGCGGCCGAGCUGGAGGGGCAGCAGCCAGUGUUCGAGCAGCUGGAGGAGAAGCUCUGUGAGUGGAUGGGCAGCAUGAACUACACGGCCGAGGUCCUCCACGUCCCGCUGUUGCUCGCCCCCGCUGCUCCUCACCUUGCCUUGACUCCAGCCUUUGCUUCCCUUUUCCCGCUGCUGCCCCAGGAUGUGCAUCUUCUGAAUAGUGCCCGACCGGAUAAGAGGAGGCUGGGAAGCCUGGGUGAGGUGGACGCCGCUGCUCUAACCCCGGAGCUGCUGCUGCAGAUCAGGUGCCUGGUGUCAGGCCUCAGUUCUCUGUGUGAGCAUUUAGGAGUACGAGAGGAGUGUUUUGCUGUGGGUUCCCUAAGUCGGGUCAUCGCUGCAGAUCUGGCCAAUUAUGCCCCCGCCAAGAACAGGAGAAAGACCGCUGCGGGCAGGGCAUCAGUGGUGUUUGUGGACAGAACUCUGGAUCUCACAGGAGCUGUUGGACAUCAUGGAGACAACUUAGUAGAGAAGAUCAUUUCAGCACUUCCCCAGCUUCCAGGCCACACCAAUGACGUGAUGGUUAACAUGGCAGAGCUCACUGCGCUCCACGAUGUGGAGGAGAAUUGCAAUGUGGUUGCACCAGGCUGUCUUGCACAAGCCAAUGACACCUCCGCCAAAGCCCUGUGGGAGGCCUUACUGAACACCAAGCACAAAGAGGCAGUGAUGGAAGUUCGGAGACAUCUAGUGGAGGCAGCCAGCAGAGAGCAUCUGCCAAUCAAGAUGAGCAUGGGGAGAGUCACGCCAGGGCAGCUCACAUCCUAUAUUCAGCUCUUCAGGAACAACCUCAAAGCUCUAAUGAAUCAUUGUGGGCUCCUACAGCUUGGGCUGGCCACAGCUCAAACUUUGAAACACCCGCAGAGUGCCAAGUGGGACAACUUUCUGGCUUUCGAAAGGCUCCUUCUCCAGAGCAUUGGGGAGUCAGCAAUGGCUGUUGUGUUAAAUCAGCUGUUGCCCUUGAUUAAGCCCUCAAAUCAGAGGACUAACGACGACUACAGCCCCGAGGAGCUGCUCAUCCUCCUCAUAUAUGUUUAUUCUGUCACUGGAGAGUUCACGGUGGACAAAGACCUGGGUGAGGCUGAAGAAAAAGUGAAGAAAGCUUUGGCUCAGGUCUUUUGUGAGGAGUCUGAGUUGUCACCUUUGCUGCAAAAAAUCACAGGCUGUGACUCUUCAAUUAACCUGACAUUUCACAAAUCCAAAAUUGCCACGGAUGAACUCUUUACUUCACUUCGGGAUAUUGCCGGAGCUCGGAAUCUCAUGAAGCAGUUUAAGUCUGUGUACGUCCCUGGAAACCAUACCCACCAGGCAUCCUAUAAGCCACUGCUGAAGCAGAUUGUGGAGGAAAUAUUUAAUCCCGAGAGGCCAGAUCCUGUCGAUAUUGAACACAUGUCUUCAGGCCUCACUGAUCUCCUUAAAACUGGAUUCAGCAUGUUCAUGAAGGUGAGCAGGCCCCAUCCCAGCGACCACCCGGUCCUGAUCCUCUUCGUGGUGGGCGGAGUCACAGCCUCCGAAGCCAAAAUGGUCAAAGACCUCGUGGCGUCCCUGAAGCCAGGAACCCAGGUAAUUGUGCUGUCCACACGACUCCUGAAGCCACUUAACAUUCCUGAGCUGUUAUUUGCAACCGAUCGACUGCAUCCAGACCUUGGCAUCUGAGCACCAGCUAAGAAGACCAGACCCACCCACGCUGGAAACACCAGUCGGAUUGUCUGUCAUUGUUCCCGAUGUGCCUCCAAAACCAAUUGCGGGUAUGACUGAAUUUUGCCCAAAGCAUCCUGAUAACCACACAGCGAGGUACUUCACUUGAAUUUCUGUGAUUCCUAAAAAAAGUGUUUUUUUCAUUUUCCUAAAUGUGUCAAGCUGUCUUUCAGCUGGUUUAAUUAGUGAUAAUUUGCAUUCUUACUUAACCCUCCCUAUGUGAUUUUCCUGAUUCCACCUGCAAGUUCAUUAAUUCUAAAUAAAAGCCUGUUGGCAGGUGUUGGUAGAUUAUAAGUCUUUUGGUUUGAAGUUGCUCAAGAAGUUAUACAUGCUUUAGAAUGAUGAGUGUGAGGAAAGUUUGAUGUUCCUUAAGAUUAUAUAACUGAGGAGGGAACGUUGCAAAUAGGGUGUGAGGCUCUCUCUUGAUCUGGAACAUUUCUGAAAAGGCAGGGCAGGGAGGGGUGGCGGCCGGGGCAGCGCUGGUGUCUGUGUGUGUUGCAAAUCAUUGCGCCACGGCAAAGGGCUGCGUUGUCCCGGCUGGCUCAGGGGGCAGGUCUGCUUGGAACGGCAGUGGGACAGAGGUGGACUGGAAGGCUGUCUUCGCCUGUAAAUGGUCUCCUCCUCUCCAAGGAAGGGCCCCAGUGCAAGAUAUCUGGUCCCAGGAGUCUAAAUUGGCAACCUCUGUGGACUCAGUGAUUUCGAGUUUCUGUUGAAAUAUAAAGCUUUCUUUUCUGUAAGCUUAACGUUUCCUUCUGACCAUAGCAGGAAAACCUAGACCCACCUAGUGAAACUAUAUAAGAACUCCUGGGAAAAAAAUGAACUGCUUAGAACCCACAUAUUUGUAGCUGUGUGGUUGCUGGAAAUUUCUGGCAUCUCUAAAAGAUACAAUAAAGAGGUAAAAUUGAAAA